AUGGCUAAUCAGGAGAAGCCCCGUGUGGCGGUUCUGGGAAAAGUGCAUUAUCUCAGCGAUGAGUACAUUGAGAGCGUAAAAACUGAAUUGAAUCUUCAUUUUCUUGAAUCUUCCAAUCGGCAGCAACUCAUCGAAGAACUCCCCCGUGUCAUCUCCCAAUCGGGCCCAUUCGAAGGCCUCAUUUGCCUUUCUGAGUCACACAACUUUAUCCCCGUGGACGAAGAGCUGCUCUCGGCCAUGGUGCCUCACUGCCGCGUGAUUGCCUCCCUGUGGGCGGGAUACAACGAGUUUGACGUCUCGUGGAUGACGAGCCAGGGCAUCUGGUUCUGCAAUACUGUUGAUGCGGUGGCGGAGGCCACGGCCGAUAUGACGAUUUGGUUCAUCCUGUCUGUGGUGAGGAAUACUUCUGUGGCGGAGAGGCAUGUGAGGGCAGGUGGAUGGUAUGGAGGCAGCGUGUCGACGAGGGAUCCUACGGGCAUGACGCUGGGGAUUGUGGGGAUGGGGAGCAUUGGAAAGUAUCUGGCGAAGAAGGCAAAAGUGUUCAACAUGAAGACUAAGUAUUACAACCGCAAGAGACUCAGCAAGGAAGUUGAAGAGGCAUAUCAGGUGGAAUACUGCUCUUCGCUGGAAGAGCUGCUGUCACAAGCAGACAUCGUAUCGAUACACUGUCCCCUCUCAGAAGCAACUCGAAAACUCAUCUCCCACGAGCAAUUCAAGCUCAUGAAGGACGGUGCAUUCCUCAUCAACACGGCACGCGGGCCUAUCGUGGACGAAGAAGCAUUGAUUGCAGCGCUGGAGAGCGGCAAAGUGGCGAGGGCGGGACUGGAUGUGUUUAGUGAUGAGCCGAAUGUGCGUGAGUAUUUCAGAACGAGCGACAAGGUGGUGUUGCAGCCGCAUAUGGGGGGCGCGACGGAGGAGGCGCUUUGGAGGGCGGAGAGGGAGAGUUUUGAGAAUGUGCUGAGGUGGAGGAGGGAGGGGAAGCCGGUGUCGCCGGUGAAUGAGGUUUAG